AUGAGGCCGCCCGGGGCCGGCCGGGAUGUGGCGCUGGAGCUGCCGGAGCCCGACAUGGGAGCGACCCCCGCGAUCCCCGAGCGCCUCCGCCUGCCCCUCUGCUGCCUCGGCGUGUUCGCCUGCUACUGCUGCUACGGCAUCCUGCAGGAGAGCAUCACUCGGGGCCGUUACGGGGAGGGGGCUCACCAGGAGAAGUUCAGGUUCGCACUGACCCUCGUGUUCAUCCAGUGCGUCAUCAACGCCGCCUUCGCCAAGCUCCUGAUCCGGCUCGUGGACGCGGCGCGGGUGGAUCGCACGCGGGGAUGGCUCUACGGCGCCUGCUCCCUGUCCUACCUGGGGGCCAUGGUGUCCAGCAACUCGGCCCUGCAGUUCGUCAGCUACCCCACCCAGGUCCUGGGCAAGUCCUGUAAGCCCAUUCCAGUGAUGCUCUUAGGGGUGACCCUGCUGAGGAAGAAGUACCCCCCAGCCAAGUACCUGUGCGUGCUGCUCAUCGUGGCGGGGGUGGCCCUGUUCCUGUACAAGCCCAAGAAGGGGGCUGGGGGCGACGACCACGUCUUUGGCUACGGGGAGCUGCUGCUGCUGCUGUCGCUGACCCUGGACGGGCUCACGGGGGUGUCCCAGGACCACAUGAGGGCUCAUUACCAAACUGGCUCCAACCACAUGAUGCUCAACGUCAACCUCUGGUCCACCCUGUUCCUGGGGGCAGGGAUCCUGUUCACUGGGGAGCUCUGGGAGUUCCUGAGUUUCACAGAACGAUAUCCCAGUGUCAUCUACAACAUCCUCCUGUUUGGCCUCACCAGCGCCCUGGGGCAGGUGAGUGCUCCUGCCCUGCCCCCCCGGAUCCUGGGGUGGCUCUGGACCACCCUGUGCUGCUCUGGGGGGUGCCUGGACCCUGCACAGCCUGUGGGAUGGGGUGGAACUGGAUCAUCUUCAGCCCAAACCAUCCCAGGACUCUGUGAAACCGAGUCAAGUUUACGUGCAGAUAAUCAGAAUUUGAGAUAAGA